AUGGCAGCGCCUUUGACUACGGAAGAGGAGACCCGUUAUACGGAAGUCAUCGAUGGCAUCUUAGCUAUCGCGGACCUCGAAACUGUCACGCGCAAGAAAGUUCGCAUGGGCCUCGAAGCUGCACUGGGCGGGAAGGAUCUGAGCGAUCAGAAGAAUGCUAUCAAGGCGCUGAUCGAGGAGCGUUUUGACGCUAUCUCGUCAGGUGCUCCGCCGCCAUCCUCUGCAAUUCCCCAUCCCGAAUUGACUUCUCCACGUCCUUCGCCCCCAGAACAAGCCAAUGGCCACGAAGAAAAUAGCCAAGAUGCGGAUGACACAAACGGGGAUGAGAUAAAGGUUUCAGUGCAACCGCCUAGGAAGAAACAGCGGAAAGAGAAGAGUGAAGAUACGGAGGACGCGGACGCCAAACUGGCAGCAAUGCUCCAGGCACAGGAGAACCAGCGCACUCGCGCAACACGCGGAGGUGGGAAGCCUAAGGCUCCGGCGAAGAAGAAGAAGGCCACACCUCGGAAGAAGAGCGAAAAGAAAGUCGGACCCGAUGAUGAUAGCGACGUGGCUGGAAGUGAGGAAUCAAGUAGCCGGCCACGAAAAGCUGGAGGAGGGUUCCAAAAGCCCUUUAACCUUAGUUACCCGCUCGCCGAGCUCUGUGGAGAAUCGCAGCUGUCCCGACCGCAAGUUGUCAAGAAAUUAUGGGAACACAUCAAAGGCAACCAACUGCAAGACCCAAAUGACAAGCGGCAGAUACGAUGCGACGAGAGGAUGCAAGCUGUUUUUAAGCAAGCUAGGGUGGACAUGUUCCAGAUGAACAAGCUGGUUGGUAACCACCUCUACCCGGGCUCGACAGACGCGUCGAACGAAGCCCCAAACUCGAUACAAGCUGGGCAAGGCCGCGGCAGAAGCGAGAGGAAUUCGAGAGGCAGAGGUAGAGGGCGUGGGCGUGGACGAGGUGAUGGGAACUCUAGGGGUGGAGGGCAAGGCAGAUCGCAACGUGGGAGAGGAAGGGGAGCUAACAUAUCGGGGACGCAUACCUCUUCUUCAGCGACGCCGCUUCCUCACGGAGACUCGGACAAGGCAGCAUCAUCUCUGCCCCAACCUCGCAUCCCACAUUUGGCUAGCGAAGCGAACGCCGACCAAGAAGAUGUGGAGGCCGAAGUGUGCUUCAUCUGCGCGAGCCCCGUCAUCCACCAGUCUGUUGCUCCAUGCAACCAUAGAACCUGUCAUAUUUGUUCCUUGCGGAUGAGGGCACUAUACAAAAAUAAAGAGUGCGCGCAUUGUAGGACACUUGCUCCGUUUGUUCUUUUCACGGACGAUGCAACUAAACGAUACCAAGACUACUCUGACACCGACGUUACUAGUACAGACGAUAAUAUCGGUAUUCGGUACACGAACGAAGAUAUAGUCGGAGAUACUAUCUUGCUUUUGCGUUAUAAUUGUCCAGAUGACUCUUGCGACUUUGCUGGCCUUGGUUGGCCAGACCUGCAUCGACACGUCCGUACCACUCACCACAAGAAGAUGUGCGACUUGUGUACAAGAAACAAGAAAGUAUUUACCCACGAACACGAGUUAUUUACCGACAAGGAGUUGGAGAAGCACAUGCGACAUGGUGACGACCGCCCCGGCGCUGUUGACCAGACGGGAUUUAAGGGUCACCCAUUAUGUGCAUUCUGUGGCCAGAGGUUCUAUGACGAUGACAAGCUUUACGAGCACUGCCGGAGCAAACAUGAGCGGUGCUUCCUUUGCGACCGCCAGGAUCCUAGGCAGCCUCAUUACUAUCGAGAUUAUAAUGCGCUAGAAGAACACUUCAAGAAGGACCAUUUCUUAUGCCUCGAUCGCGAGUGUCUUGAGAAGAAGUUUGUUGUCUUCAACUCUGAGAUAGAUCUGAAAGCGCACCAGCUUAGUGAACAUGGUAACUCCUUAUCUAAAGAUGUGAGAAGGGAUGCCCGUCUAGUCGACCUUUCGAGCUUUGAUUACCGACAGCCUUACCAGCAAAGACGGGGCGGCAGUGGUUCCGGCCGGGAUAGAGAUGGGGAUAGAGACAGAGAGAGGCGCGCAAGAGGUCGCGAUCCGAACGCAGAUCCUCUCCCGGUCAGCUCGGCACAACCCCUUCGACGAGACGAGCUUGCUUUCCAGAGACAGAUGGCUAUACAUUCUUCACAGUCCGUCUCUAACCGGACAUUCGGUGGGCAACUAUCAACAGCACCCCCUUCAAACAGUGCUAUCCCUGCUGUCCAAGCAAAUCAACGCACAGUAAACUCCCCUGGUUCGUCUGUCCCAACCACUACCACCACUGCACCGUCUAUCGAGAUGGAAGGGCUAAACUUGACGGACCCGAACCUGUCCCCAGAAGAUCGCGUCCGGCUUCUGCGGCAUUCCGGUGUAAUCGAACGGGCAUCGAACCUAUUACAGAAUGACCCGAACAAGAUUGCCACAUUCCGUAGUCAAAUAUCCUCCUAUAGACAGGGCAAGCUGUCGGCUGCUGCGCUCGUAGAUGCACUCUUUUCUCUAUUUUCAGAUACUUCGUCUACUACUCUUGGGACGCUCGUUCGUGAGGUUGCGGAUCUUUUCGAAGACACGAGUAAGGAAGAUGAUUUGCGGAAAGCCUGGGGCGACUGGAGGGCAAUAAAUGAAGAUUACCCAACUCUGCCAGGCUUGAGCGGUAUGCACGGCGCAACGUCUUCUAACACUGGCUGGGCCGCCGCCGCCGCCGCUAGUUCUCCUCUUACAGCUGCUGCCGCGCCAUCCCAAAGGCACACAACUCGAGUUCUCAAACUCAAAAGCUCUACCCAGCAAUCACGGCGCUCAAGCUCUCCGCGACGUCCGCCACCGAUGCCUCCCGCAGCUUCUUUCCCGGCCUUACCAUCUAACAGCGCCAACACAGCCAAUACAUCGCGGCCGGUGGCUACCGCGCUUUGGAGCUCUAGCACAGCGUCCCAAGCCCCGACCAGAGCGCCGAAAAAUUCUAGUCGAGAAGAAGCAUUUCCAGCCCUUCCCACGGCGCCCAAGCCUACGACGACGAUAUUCGGUUACGGGACUGGAAGUGUACGUAGAGAUGCUGGUGGCUCAAGGAAUACUGGUUUCUCAUGGGGAGCAUCGGGUGGGGAUACGUUUACACAACCGGACGGCAAUAUUAGUGAAGAUGGAGUAAAUGAUUUUAAGAAAGGCAAAAAGGGAAAUAAAGGCCGGAAGAAAGUGUUGGUCCAAUGGGGUUAA